UUAAAGAAGAAAUAUUGCAGAAUAAUUAAGAAAUUAGGAGGAAGAAGGAAAAGAAGGGGAAAAUCCAUUUCCAUAUCCAAUCCCCGAUCCCAAGCCAAUAUGGAAAAUGAAAGUGAAAGCUCCGGUUCGGUACUUUUCAUCUCGUUCUGGAUCAGCGUAUCCACAACUUUCAGACGAAUUACUAAACUAAACUGCCACCUGCAAACGCCAACAUGACGCGCCCUCUACCCACGCGCCAAUCUGCCACGAGGCAACCACCCGCUAUGACCUUAGCUUCCCGUGCUGCAAAGGCGAAGGUUGUUGAAUAUUCCUGAAUCCAACCAAACUAACGACCACAUUUGCGCAAAGUUUACAACAUUUUCACAAAACAAAAUCUCUUCAUCGGAAAUAUCAAUGGGCAACACGUCGUCGAUGCUUACUCAAUACGACAUCGAAGAAGUACAACAACACUGUAACAACGCGUUUUCGCAGCAAGAGAUCGUGUCUCUAUACCAGAGAUUUUGCCAGUUGGAUCGAAACGGCGGCGGUUUCAUCUCCGCCGAUGAGUUCUUGUCCGUGCCUGAGUUCGCCGUUAAUCCUCUCUCUCAGAGACUAUUGAGGAUGCUAGAUGGAUUGAAUUUCAAGGAAUUCGUGGCGUUUUUGUCUGCGUUUAGUCCUCGUGCUACUCUGCAACACAAAAUUGAAUUUAUAUUCAAGGUGUAUGAUUCGGAUGGCAAUGGGAGAGUUACCUUUAAUGACAUGUUGGAUGUUUUGCAUGAUUUGACCGGCCAGUUCAUAUCUGAACAACAGAGGGAGCAAGUUUUGACCCAUGUUCUCGAGGAAGCAGGCUACACUAAGGAGUCCUUGUUAGUUAUGGCAGACUUUGUAAAGAUUCUUGGGAGCUCUGGACUGAAGAUGGAAGUUGAGGUUCCAGUGGAUUGACUUGAGGGAAACCAUUCUUUACUACAUUGAAUUCCAGGCAUCGGCAGCUUAGAUGUCUCUUUUAAAAAGGUUGAUGUUGUAUGCUUUUGUUUUAAUGUGUCUAGUUAACUCCGUCAAUUUAAAAAACUUAGCCUUUUUGCAUGUCACCAAACUUAAUGGGAAGGAGAAAAAGAAAGUAGCAUCUCUCCUUUGUUCGAAAAACAUUUUACUGGGAGGGAUCGGAAGAGAUACAUUUAUCCUUCCAAAACCCUGCAAACUCCCAUUUUUUGUAUUGACAAAUGUCUUUAUUUA